CCAGCGACUGGGAGCUCGCUCACAUCACUCAGCGGCGCGCUUCACGGAGUGAUGUGCCUCGCGCGCUGCCCUCUGAACCGCCGUCAUGGAUUGCGAGUCGCGAGCGCUGCUGGUGGUGUCGGUGUUGCUGUGGGUCUGUCCGCCGGCCCGGCUCACCUCCUCUCCCGCUAACCAAGUCAACCUGUUGGAUUCUAAAGCAAGCCAAGGAGAGUUAGGAUGGAUAUCCUACCCAUCACAUGGGUGGGAGGAGAUCAGCGGAGUGGACGAGCACUACACCCCCAUCAGGACUUUCCAGGUGUGCAACGUCAUGGAGUACAGUCAGAACAACUGGCUGCGCACCAACUGGAUCCCUCGGCAGUCCGCCCAGAAGAUCUACGUGGAGCUGAAGUUCACUCUUAGAGACUGCAACUCCAUCCCGUUGGUCCUGGGCACCUGCAAGGAGACCUUCAACCUCCUCUACCUGGAGACGGACGAGGACCAGGGCAGCCGCUUCCGAGAGCACCAGUUCUCCAAGAUCGACACCAUCGCCGCGGACGAGAGUUUCACGCAGAUGGACCUCGGGGACCGCAUCCUCAAGCUCAACACGGAGGUGCGCGAGGUGGGGCCCAUGUCCAAGAAGGGCUUCUACCUGGCUUUUCAGGACGUGGGCGCCUGCGUGGCGCUGGUCUCGGUGCGAGUGUACUUUAAGAAGUGCCCCUACACCGUGAGGAACCUGGCCUCCUUUCCCGAUACGGUGCCCAUGGACUCCCAGUCACUGGUGGAGGUCAACGGCUUGUGUGUCAAUCACUCCAAGGAGGAGGAGCCUCCGCGCAUGUACUGCAGUACAGAGGGGGAGUGGCUUGUGCCCAUCGGGAAGUGCCUGUGCAACCCGGGAUACGAGGAGAGAAACAGCGCCUGCAAAACGUGCAGGCCGGGCUUCUACAAGACCGCCCUUGGCAACGCGGAGUGCUCGAAGUGCCCCCCCCACAGCUUCUCCCACCACGAGGGGACGCUACACUGCAGCUGUGAGAAAAACUACUUCCGCGCCGAGGGCGACCCCACCUCCAUGGCUUGCACACGCCCUCCGUCCGCUCCCCGGAACGUGAUCUCUGCCAUCAAUGAGACGUCAGUCAUCCUGGACUGGAACUGGCCCGAGGACACGGGCGGGCGGCGGGACGUCACCUUCACUGUGCUGUGUAAACGCUGCCGCGGCGGCGGGGGCGGCGGCGGAGGGGGCGGGGGCGGGGGGAGCGUCCCUAAUGCCGGCGGCCUUGCUCAGCACUGCGAGCCAUGUCGGAGCAAUGUGCGCUUCCUGCCGCGGGCCGCGGGCCUCCGGAACACCACGGUGACGGUGGCUGACCUGCUGGCUCACACCAACUACACCUUCGAGAUCGAGGCGCAGAACGGUGUUUCCCAGCUGGUGCCGAAGCAGAGACAGUAUGCCGCUGUCACCAUCACAACCAACCAAGCUGCUCCAUCUCAAGUAACAGUGAUUAGGAAGGAGAGGAUCUCUUGGAACAGCAUCUCUCUUUCAUGGUCGCAGCCGGAGAGACCCAACGGCAUCAUCCUGGACUACGAGGUUAAAUACUAUGAGAAGCAGGAGCAGGAGACCAGCUACACCAUCCUGCGUGCCAGGGGCUGUAACGUUACACUGAACGGUCUGAAGGCAAACACGGCCUACCUCCUGCAGAUCAGAGCACGCACUGCUGCUGGAUAUGGAGCCAGCAGCCGCAGCUUCGAGUUCGAGACCAGCCCCGACUCGGCCUUCUCGAUCUCCAGUGAGAGCAGCCAGGUGGUUCUGAUUGCCAUCUCCUCUGCUGUGGCCUUCAUCCUCUUCACCGUCCUGCUCUACGUCCUCAUCACCAGGUUCUGUUGCCACAGCAAAUCCAAACAUCCCAGUGAGAAAAGACUGCACUUUGGCAAUGGCCACCUGCGUCUGCCAGGUAUCAGGACCUACGUGGACCCCCAUACCUAUGAAGACCCGAGCCAAGCUGUCCAUGAGUUUGCCAAGGAGCUGGAUGCCUCCUGCAUUGCCAUCGACAAAGUGGUGGGAGCAGGGGAGUUUGGUGAAGUGUGCAGCGGCCGCCUGAAGCUGCCCAGCAAGAAGGAGAUCUGUGUGGCCAUCAAGACUCUGAAGGUGGGCUAUACGGACAAACAGAGGAGGGACUUCCUGGCUGAGGCGUCAAUAAUGGGGCAGUUUGACCAUCCCAACAUCAUCAGACUGGAGGGCGUGGUGACACACAGUAAGCCGGUAAUGAUCGUCACGGAGUACAUGGAAAACGGGUCCCUGGACAGCUUCUUGAGAAAACACGAUGCCCAGUUUACCGGCAUCCAGUUGGUGGGCAUGCUGCGUGGCAUUGCCUCUGGCAUGAAGUACCUGGCAGACAUGGGGUACGUUCACCGAGACCUGGCAGCUCGGAACAUCCUGGUCAACAGCAACUUGGUGUGUAAAGUGUCGGACUUUGGUCUGUCCCGGGUCCUGGAGGACGACCCAGAGGCCGCCUACACAACCAGGGGUGGUAAGAUCCCUAUCCGGUGGACGGCUCCUGAGGCAAUUGCUUACAGGAAAUUCACAUCAGCCAGCGAUGCGUGGAGCUACGGCAUCGUGCUGUGGGAAGUGAUGUCGUAUGGAGAACGGCCCUACUGGGAGAUGUCCAAUCAGGAUGUGAUAAAGGCAGUGGAUGAGGGUUACCGACUCCCCCCACCCAUGGACUGUCCAGCUGCUCUCUACCAGCUCAUGCUUGACUGUUGGCAGAAGGAAAGGAACAACCGGCCCAAGUUUGAACAGAUUGUCAGCAUCCUGGAUAAACUUAUCCGCAAUCCAAGCAGUCUGAAAAUCACCGCCAACACGACAGCCAGACCAGCCAACCUGCUGCUGGAUCACAGCAGUUCGGAGAUGCCCUCCAUGGGAACGGUGGGUGACUGGAUGGACGGGAUGAGGACUUUACCCUAUAAAGAGGCCUUCUCUGGGGUCAGUUACAGCUCCUGUGAUACCCUGGCCAAGACCUCUACAGAGGAUCUAAAAAAGGUUGGAGUGACGAUUGUAGGCCCUCCGAAGAAGAUUGUGAGCAGCCUCAAAGCCCUCGAUUCCCACACCAAGAAUGGUCCAGUACCUGUUUAGACUACAAAAGAAGAAAAAAAACAAAAAAAAAACAAACAAAACACAAAAAACAAACAAAAAAACAAACAAAAAACAAACAAAAAAAAGAAGAAGACAAGCAAAAAGCAGACACCAGUUUGCUGUCUGUCGGUCUGUUUGGCAGACUAGUGUUGCUGUGCUCCCUCUAACUGUGUCAAAAUAAACAUGGAGGAACAAUAAGAUAUGCUCCACAACAGGGCCUAUCUGUUGCUUGGUUGACAGAUGAUGCCAUGGACUCCUAGUCCAGAACCAGAACAGGAAGAACGCAUCGCAGACCAGCAGGUUAGCUAACUUCAACCCUUCAUCCCUCCCGAUAUCCAAGCUGAGAUGCCUUAAAGACACACAGGAAGAAGAGAACGGGAGCAGGCUGAGGGGAAUCCAGGGGGCUGGACAUGAAUUCGGGGCCCGGAUCGGACAGCCUCAGUGCCAGAGCUUCCACUAUAGGUUGGGCUGGAUAGCAAAGCACACCCUUUGGGAAGGGCUAGCUUUUACCAUCCGGUCACAAUCUCCUCGAGCUAGACGGGAUUGGCAGCCCGUGGAGUGAGACAGUGGCGUGACUGAGAUGCCUUGCGGAGAGGAACAUGGCAGACGGCAACGUGGACUCACCUGAACGUGGACUCCUCCUGCACUACAGAACUUUGAGGCGUGAGAUUUUUGCUAACUACCUACACUUCUUGUCUCGACACAUCAGAGAACAGAACUAGUAUAAUUGUGAAAAUACACCAUGACAAUAACCAAGCCAUUUUUCUCUGUAGUGCUGGUCUAUAGCAUUUGUAUUAGUAGACGUGUCACACAAAGCAAUAAUUAAGAUAAUUUAUAUAGUCUCAUUAAAUGGAAGCCAUGAGUCUUUCACAUGUGCAGUGCAUUGAAAGGUGUGUUUGAAGGGACGGGGCCGUAUCACGUGUCACCCACUAUUUUUACAGUGAUUUACUUAUGAACAGAGCAUACAGUUACAGCGCUUUUCCCGUUAUCCUUUGUCGGAGAUCUCAGGAUGUGUGCGUUCCUUAUUCUUCAUUUGUUAUUGUGAGGGGAAAAGAAGGGAGGACGGAGGAGAGCUAGAGGUGGAGAAUGGAAGCUAAGAAAGGUUGGCGCAGGACAGAGAGGGAGACUGAGCGAGAAGCAAACAGGAAGAAAGAGAGAAUGUGAGAAAUAGAAGUGAUGGGGUACUGUUAGACCCACUAGGUAGGAGAGAGUGUUCUGGCUCAGCGUGGGGUCGGUUUGUGCGUCCAGUGCUGAGGUCUGGGAGAAAGUUGGCAGUUAUGGGUCACUAGGAGGGUUUGUAACAUUUCCCUCUGGGGAGAAGUUCGGAUUUUCAACGAAUCCCAGUGCUCAUCGGGUGGGAGGCGGGGAAACAGCCUGGACAGGUCGCCAGUCCACCACAGACAUUAAUCAACUCGUUUACAAGAUAAAUUAUUUGUAAAUUAAAUUUGUGGCACAGUCGCCUCACAGCAAGAAGGCCCUGGGUUCGAGCCCAGGGGUAGUCCAACCUUGGGGGUCGUCCCGGGUCGUCCUCUGUGUGGAGUUUGCAUGUUCUCCCCGUGUCUGCGUGGGUUUCCUCUGGGGGUCCGGUUUCCUCCCACAGUCCAUAGACAUGUAGGUCAGGUGACUCGGCCGGACUAAAUCGUCCCUAGGUGUGAAUGUGUGUGUGUGUGUGUGUGUGAUGGCCUGGCGGCCUGUCCAGGGGGUCUCCCCGCCUGCCGCCCAAUGACUGUUGGGAUCGGCUCCAGCAUCCCCGCGGCCUUGAGAGCAGGAUAAGCGGUUCGGAUGAUGGAUGGGUGGAUGGAUGGGUGGAUGGAUGGAUGGGUGGAUGGGUGGAUGGAUGGUACGUUCAGCAAGCCAAGGUGAACACUCCUGCACUGAGGUGCUUGUGAAGCUGCCAGCACCUCAGACACAUUUCUGAGAUAAAGUACCGUAGCAGUAUCUGCCCAUGGCGGGCUUCCCCAGAAGCACCUUUGAGCUUAGAUGGUCUUUGUCCAGUCCAGUGUGACUACGUCAGGUUGGUUGCCUCUCCCGGCCAGUCCAGCAGCGCAGCACAUACCUAGCAUCUCUGAACCGAUCUGUGUCGGGAACGGGACGCAUCCCUGAGGAUUAUCUCUGGAGUCAUGUGAUCCCAGCCCUUAGGCCCCCAUCUACAGGAUAAGCACUUUGCUUCCAUUGGCCGUGCUCCGGAGAGAGCAGGGCGUGGGAGCAGGGCGGCGGCGCCUCCUGCGGGACGUUCUUCCCACAAACGUAAGCCAAAGGACCCGGGAGAUGUCAGUGCUUGUGAGAAAUCCACCCCCGUGUUGUGUGUCGGUGGCCUCGCCGCCGCCCCGUCUGCCCGUGGACGCUGCUGUGUGCUGGCUAGCAUGUAGGCUGCAUACCUAACCCGCCUGUUGACCGCAGCCAGCAGCGCGAUCCGGCGCCCCCUGCUGUACAGACGCCGGUGUGUAGAGGGAGGAGCGCUGACGAGAAAACCUGUGCAACAUUUUUUUUUUAAAUUAAAAAGGGAGAAAAAAAAACCUCCUCUGUAUCAUAGUUUAUCUUGUCAACUUUGCUUUUCUUUUCUACAACAAAAAACAAUUAUGGUUGCGUUAUUAUUUAUUUGUUAACAUUAUAAAAUGCAACGUUGAAAGGGGUUGUUUUGUAGCAUAUAUAGUAAGUUAUGUGACGGCUGUACUUGUGUUUUGUUUUUCUACUUACUUUAUAAACAUGGGACAUUUGAAAAAGCAAUACUUGUAAUGCCACCUAUCCAGACCCUAGUGUUGUGUGUGUGCGUGCGUGUGUGUGUGUGUGUGCGUGUGUGUGUGUUUGGAAGUGUAGAUGGCCUUGUCUACUAAUGUAAGAUAAUUUGUAGUGGAAACAUUUAUAUUUUUAUAAUAAACAUUCGCAAAAUGUUUUCCAAAAAAUGAAU